AAAAAAACAUUAAAAACAUAAUUCUAAUAAAAAAUAACAAAAUAUAAUGGAACAUGGAAUAUAUACACAACUUAAUGUUUUAUUACAUGAUCCAAAGAAGUUUUUAAAACCAUCAAAUAAACUUCAUUCUAGUAUUCUUUUUCAAGUAAAAAAAUUACUUGAUCCUGUAACCAAACAAAAUAGCGUUUUUGAUGAAUUAUACCUUAAUGGAUUGGAUGGAAAUCAAGUAUUUGAAGAAGUCAGACUUAUUACGAAUGGAUUAAUUGAUAAGUUGGUUGAAGAAUUAAAAAAUAUUUUAAAAAAUCAAGUAAACCUCAAAAAAAAAUUAAAAUAUAAAACAAAAAGAGAAUUAGAUACAGUUGAAAGGGAUGUAGAUAGUCCUAAAGAGCUUAAUGAAGGGAAAUAUAAGGGAAAUUCUAUGGAUAUUGUUACAAAUAAAAGUAACAUACUACCAAUUAAUGACGAAUAUAUUUCAGAAGAAGAUAAAAGUAUUCCUAAAGAGAAAGUACUUGAACUAAAUAAUUCGCCCGAUUCUACUAACAAUUUUAAUAAUGAAAUAAAAAAAUUGGAAAAAAUAGAUAACCUUUCUGAUGAAGAAGAUGACGAUAUGUAUUAUCUUUCUAAUUUAAGUGACAGUGAAAUAAGCGGUGAAUAUUUAGAUAAAGAAUUUGAAAAUACUAAUGAAAUUAAAUAUGCGGAUUUUUUUCUUCCUUCAAUAGGAAAAAAGAGUGAUGAAGAAUCAUCUAAUAUACAAAAAUCAACAAAAAAUAAGAAGCAUGAUGCUAGCAAUUUAAAAGAAGAUGCCAAUAUAAAUGAAAAUCAUGAAAAUAUCAUAUCUAAAGUACAGCAAGAUUUAUUUGCAGAUAGUAAUGAGGAAAUUAAAGAACAUGAAAUGUCUAAUAAAUCAGAAUAUAUGAAAACUCAGAAAAUAUUGUCUGAAGAGAUAAAAAAGCUUGAAAUGGAAAAUGUAUCGAAAAAGGAUUGGAUGUUAAUGGGAGAAGUAAAGGCUAAAGAUAGAUUUAUAAAUUCAUUGCUUGAAGAAGAUAUAGAAUUUGAAAGGGAAACAAAACCAGAACCAGCGAUAACUAAACAAGAUAUCUUGGAUCUUGAAGAAAUGAUUAAAAAAAGAAUUAUCGAUUCUAAUUUUAAUGAUGUUCAAAAAAUAUAUUCUAAAAAGAAGAAAACAUUUCAUCCUAGCAAAUUAUUUGAAAUUAAUGAUGAAAAAAAUGAAAAAAGUUUAGCAGAGAUUUAUGAAGACGAAUAUAAUAAAAAAACAGACCCUAAUUAUAUAGGAAAGAAAGAUGAAAAACUAAUUAAAGAACAUAAUGAAAUCGAAGAACUUUUUAAAAAAGCAAUGAACAAGCUUAAUUCAUUAAGUAGUAUAUACCAUAAGCCAAAACUUGCAAAACCUACAUUUAAUGUUGUUUCCAACGUUUCAACAAUUACUAUGGAAGAAGCUCAACCUUCGUCAUUUGCUACACAAAAUAUGCUAGCGCCCCAUGAAAUAUAUGUUACUGGAUCAGAAAAAGUUAAAGAUGAAAUUCCAAGAAGAUCUGGUAUAAUAAUCGCAAAAAAUGAAAUGAGCAAGGAAGAAAAAAACAGAUAUCGGAAAUAUCUUAGAUCUAAGGAAAAACAUAAAUUAUUGAACAAACCCGACAAGCUAACCAAAGAAAUCAUUAAAACAUUUAAAAAAAGUGAUGUUAAAAUUGUACAAGGAAAUAAUGAAAAAAAAAGUGUUAUAAAACAUUCAAAGAACUCUAAAGAAAUUAAAAAAUCAUUUGAAUUAAAAUUAUAAUUAAAUAUAUAGAAUGAGUAUAAAUAUAUUAUUAAAAUGACUAUAG